AUGGGAUGUGAUCAAACAGCCACAAUCAGAAUGUUCUUAGUUCUUGCACUGCUGAUCAUUACUCUAGCCAAUUGUGAAGCCCGUGACCACAAGCUGCCUUCGGACUUGAAAAGUACAUUCGAGGAGAUCAAUGAAGAAUACAACACACAUAUGAAAUGGGACGCUGAUCUGGCAGACAAGGCAGCGAAGGAAGCACUAACGCCAUACCAUGAAGGAGCUUAUUUGAAGAUCAGAGGCCAAAAGGAGUUUUCGAAGAAAGAUGAAUCAACAUUGGCGGACAGACUGCAUCUCAUCUUGAAGAACCCCUUCAAGAGAAUGGGAAACAGAGUGAGUUGGAUCAACAAGAUGUUCACCACAUCACAGCAAAGUAAUACUGCGGAUGAGAAACUUUCUAGAGCUUACGUUGAAUUGGCCAGCGGCAAUGGAUAA